AUGGUCACAGAAAAUGGAAGCUCGAGAUACCCGCCUCCCUUUGAGGAAUCUGAACUACGCGGUCGCCGAAAGAUCGCUCAUCCGGCGCGAUUGGAUCCUCUGAAGAUCGAUUUCCGCGCACCACGAACCGCCAGAUCGACCCCGAGAUCAUCCCCGCGUUCUCCCAAUUCGAUAUACGACCCACGCUCUCGAUCGCCCGCUCCUCCAUCUGUCCAUACCAUCUCAGAUGACCGACCGUGGCUUCCAAUGUCUCUCCGGGCAGGUUCCCCGCAGGAGAUUCCAGAAGAUUGGAGGGCGAAGAGAUCCGUGGCGUACCCUCCCCCUUUACCAUCACCCGACCGACAACCUCCAAGAUUCUACCCUCGCGAUAACGAACCGGACUGGCCGCCACCUCGCAAGGCCCCGCCGGCCAGGGGCGGCCUGCGCAUUUCCAUGUCUACCUCCAGACUGCACGGCAGGCGGCCGCGAUUGCAGGAGUCCCCAGACCAACGCCAAGAGGUCAACGCGCAUGGCUUGCCGCUACCGCGUUUCCCAACCAAGGGACCCGCGGAUGAUAACACUCUCCGAACCAGUUUCAAUUCUGCUAUGACCUCUCGAUCUAGUAUCGAGCAAAAUAGUGGCACGGAACGCAGUAGUGUUCUCACGAAGAGUAGCUCGAUUACCGAUCUCUCCCCUGAUACACCUGAUGCCCCCUAUGGCAUGGACGAGGGCAUGAGUGUGGAAGAUGCGAUUUCCAUGUACCUCGACGGCUUUAGCGAUGUCACAGAAGAGCCUGGAUCCCCCAUGUCUCGAGCAGACAGCAAAGCGCCCUCAAUAACUCCGCCCCCAUCUCGAGAUACGCAUUUAGAUGGCAUUCCGCCCCCGAUACCGAUCCUGGAGGAUAUUCCUCCCAUUCCACCACUACCGCAGUCGGCUUUUCCAGAAUCCGUGUACCUGGAACCUAACAUAAAUGUGCCUGUGGCGCCAGAAACUCCCUCAGAAACUCCCUUUGAAUCCGAACUCGCAUCAUCGGAAUCUCUAGAAACACCACCUCUCUCAAUGCCUACACCUCAACCCCCACCGUCAGAUCAGUCAUCGAACCUUCAAUCCGUUCACAAACGACAACAAUCAAAAAUCUUCAUUCCCGGGCCUGUCCCUCCACCCCUCAGUUCUGGAACUGACACAAGAGACGAGUAUGGGUUCCGCAAGGCAACCCAGUAUGUGACUCGGGAGCAGUAUGACGCCUGGAACGGCCCAUAUUCCAACUAUACCGCCCACCGGAGACAGAAAUGGCAUGCCAUGCUCCAGGAGCAUGGCCUUCCAACCACAAAUCCAAGCACAUUCCCUGCACAGUCGAACAAACUCAAGCGUUUUGUGCGAAAAGGCAUUCCCUCGGAGUACCGGGGCGCGGCGUGGUUUUGGUAUGCCGGCGGGUGGGAGCUCCUGAACGCCAACGUUGGUCUGUACGAUCAACUCGUGGCAAAAGUCAUGGUUUCGCCCACUAAUGACGACAAAGAGCACAUUGAGCGUGAUCUUCACCGAACUUUUCCCGACAACCUUCACUUCAAACCAGAGUUUGUUGAUGCUGCUGAGCAGGCUGGAAGUGGCAAUCCAACAGAGACUCAAAUGAUCCAAUCCCUUCGUCGGGUAUUGUAUGCUUUUGCUCUCCACAAUCCCAAAAUCGGCUAUACUCAGUCACUCAAUUUCAUCACGGGCAUGCUUCUCCUCUUUCUACCAGAGGAGAAAGCGUUUUGGAUGUUGCACAUUGUGACCUCCCUAUAUUUGCCUGGAACUCAUGAAAUCAGUCUGGAGGGCGCAAACAUUGACCUUUGGAUCCUCAUGGUUUUGCUGCGAGAUACGAUGCCGGGCAUCUACGCCAAGAUCUCUAGCAUGGGAGGAAACCCAUCUGGUCGUAAAACCCCACCACUGAAUGUGAAUUCACGCCUACCAGACAUCACUCUGGGCCUGACAAACUGGUUGAUGUCGGUAUUUAUUGGAACGCUCCCUCUGGAAACCACUCUGCGGGUCUGGGAUACUUUCUUCUAUGAGGGUUCAAAAACAUUUUUUCGCGUUUCGUUGGCUAUUUUCAAAGCAUGCGAACGGGAUAUUCUGGCUGUUUCGGAUCCCAUGGAGGUCUUUCAGGUGGUGCAAACCGUGCCUAAGAAAUUACUAGAUGCCAACACUUUGCUGGAUGACUGUUUCUUGCGAAAACAUCGAGUGGGCCAAGGCCGAAUCGAAGAACUUCGAGCUGCACGUCGCACGGCUGUCCGACAAGAGAAGAUGCGCCGGUCGGUCGCUUUCAGUAAGGGCGAACUCAAGCCAGCGACCGAUGAUUUCCCUGUUCAUCGUCGGAAUAACCAACCGCUUGAACAUCGGGUUGCCGAUUCCUGGCGCAAUCUCAAGCACCAUGCAUUUCGAUAG